CAGGCAUCACCCGCUGUCAACAGGUUGCAUACAACACAAGCAAGAUGACGCUCGCAGUCGAUCUCCUCAACCCCUCAGCUGAGCAGCAAGCUCGUCAGCACAAGCUCAAGCGGCUGGUGCAGAACCCCAACUCGUUCUUCAUGGAUGUCAAGUGCCCCGGUUGCUUUGCAAUUACCACUGUCUUCUCGCAUGCUCAGACUGUCGUUCUCUGCGGCAGCUGCGCUCAAGUCUUGAGCCAACCUACCGGUGGUAAGGCGCGGUUGACCGAGGGCUGCUCUUUCCGAAGGAAGAACUAAGCGUUGCCUGGAAGGACGUUAAGGUGCCAUCCCAUUCCUCGCAUUUCGAUUCGCACACGCAUCGCAUUUCAACCUUGGACAUGGCACCUGGCCCCUCAAUAAUUCUUCCCUCCCUCUGUCAUCAGCCGGUCAGCAGUCUCAUGAUGCCAGCAUGCAUGCCCUCAUCAUCAUCAUCUCCUUGUUUCAAUUUGCCACUACACGACUUUCUAAAAAUGCGGCGGUGCAUCUCUGGUUAUCAGAAGGAGGUCGCCAGUUCGACCGCUUGCCUGCAUUCGUGCACACACAUGUCAUGACUCGCGCACGGUGCCACAGCACCAGCGCGCGAGAAAAGGGACAGCAUUCUAUGAGAAAGAAGGGAGCGGGCGUGUGGUUCGCGCUCUGCCAUACCCGUCUCUCGCCAAAAGUCUUGGUUGGUCUGCAUCU